AUGGCUCGAGCGUUGACCAUCGUGGCGUUCGUCCUGCGCCAUCAGGCGGACGUCGACGCGUUGCAGGAGUUCAGCGAGGCCAUCUCCAACUUCAUCGGCCCCGACCCGAACCUUUCAGUGGCGGACGCCUGCUCCUUCGGCUCCACGAAGCUGCUCGACUGGAUCUGGAGCGCCAGCGCCGCCUCUAACCAAGAGCGGACGUCCAGAACGAAGUAG